UUUGGUAGGUUUUAGAGAACUUUAAUAUAAUUUGAUUUAUUCCUUAAACAAACUUGUGUCCGAGUAUUCCCAGGCCCUAGAAGUCAUAAACAGUUUGAACUAAUCAAUGAAUGGUACAUGUUGUUAACCUACCUACUGCAUGUAGUUGCUAUUCACUUCAUGGGUCAUUUUACAGAUGAUCAAUAUGCUACAUCAACACAUGUGCUAGAUUUGGUGAAUUUUUAGCUUGAGCAGUUGUGACGUUUAGAUCGAUGGAUUUUGUGUUGCAGUGCCACUAGCAGCUGCCUCUGCAUUAGAGUUACUGAAGAAAGAUGAAGAUGAGUUUACACCUGCUGACCAAGACCCCCUAUCUCAAGCAGUGGAGAAGCCUGUUGAAGAAAUGGCCCUUGCUUCUGCAGAGGAUCCUGUACCAGUGGAGGUUGCAUCAGUUCUUGAGGAGUCACCUGCCCCCUUGGAGAUCGCACCGGUCAUAAAGGAGACCCCAGCAUUAACAUUGGUUGAGCCAGAUGUGGAGGAGCCCUCUGCACCUGUAGAGGUUGUGUCAGUUGUCAAGGAGGUCCCUGAACCCAUAGAGGUUGUGCCAGGUGCUGAGGAGGACCCAGCACCUGCAGAGGAUGCACCAGUUACCAAGAUGCCCCCCUUACCAGAAGAAAUUGUACCAGUUGCUGAGAACGCAUCUUCUCCAGAGGAAAUUGUGCCAUUUGCCAUGGAAGUCCCUGGACCUGUAGAGGUUUCACCAAUUGAAAAGGAGACCCCUUCAGCAGAUGAGGUUACCCCAGUUGUUGAGGAGGCUCCAGAACCUGAAGAGGUUGCGCCAGUCGUAGGAGAGGCCCCUUCACCAGAAGAGGUUGUGCCAGUUGUUGGGGAGGCCCCUUCACCAGAAGAGGUUGUGCCAGUUGUCGGGGAGGUCCGUGCACCAGAAGAGGUUGCACCAGAGGCCAUUGAAGCCACUACACCUAUAGAGAGUAUACCAGCUGUUGAAGAGUCCUGUGCUCCAAAAGAAGUUGUGCCAGUUGUUGAGGUGCCCGCUGCACCAGAAGAGGUUGCACCAGUUGUCAUCGAAGAAGAUGCACACAUAGAGGUUUCGCCUGUUAUGGAGGAGGCCACUUCACCAGAAGAAGCUGUACCAGUUGUCAAGGAGGCCAUUGCACCCAUAGAGGUUCCAUCAAUUGUUGAGGAGGCCCUUGAACCAGAAGAAGUUCUGCCGGUUGUUGAGGUGGCCUCUUUAUCUGUAGAGAUUGCAUCAAUCGUUGAGGAGGCCCUUGACCCAGAAGAUGUUGCACCUGUUGUCAUGGAAGCCCCUGCAUCUGUAGAGAUACUGCCUGUUGUUGAGGAGGUUAAUUCACCAGAAGAAGUUGGGUCAGGUGUCAAGGAGGCCUCUGCACCUGUCGAGGUGGCACCAGUUAUGCAGGAGACCCCAACGUUUUUAGAAAGCACUGACAAAGAAUACAUCGUAGUUGUCCUUGAAGGAACACCUAAAGAAGAGAAAAGACCCAAGGUACUGGGAAUUGGUCCCAUGACUGGUAGAAUCAUCCUGGCUCCAGAAAAUGAAUCUGGACCCACCUCUGAGUAAAGCUCUCCUAACUGAUGGCCUCCAGUCCUGCAGUAGAAGACGGAGGAUGUGCCUUUCUCCUUCACUUUAUCCGUUAGCUUACAUCACUUUAAGAGCCGCUGCUACGUUGAGCCCGUCACUCUGAAACACCACAUGUAUGAGAAUUUUUUGUGUUUUAUUUCUGAGAAUUUCCAGGAACAUUUCCUCACUCUGUUUACAGCUUUAGACUAAACUGAGCCUCUCCAUCCUCCCUGAUCCUUACUGUUACAGCUUACUUCUAAGAAAUCACUCCAGAGGAGCGUGCCCACGUGGUGCAUCUCCUCCAAACCCUGCCGCCUCAGUAUUAGCUCUCCAAAUGAGCGGCAUUCUGUUACAAUCACCUCCUUCUGGUUAAAGCUUGAAUAACUGGAAACUCUGACAUUAUUUCCACUUGUUUUCUUCUACCUCACUUUUUUCCUCAUGUAUUUGAUGUUAAAAUCACCCCAUCGCCCCGAUGCACUCCAUUCGAUGUUAGCAGCCAAACCACUGACUCUUUAGAAUCACUCUGAGCACAUGGUUAUAGAACCGUUAGAUACAGGUUUACCUUUAUUGUCACUUAUCAAUAUUCAGUUUAAGCAAAGCUUCAAAAAUGUUUUUGCCACAGGUUAAGUUAGAGAAGGGAAAUAUUACGGGAUCGUUGUCUGCGACAAUCAGCAACAUUUCUAUGGUAAACCUGCACGCUCUAGAAAUGUAGCUCUUUGACUGUUGUCCUGAUGCUAAUACUCCUCUGGGAAUGAGAAGGGAAAACAAAGCAGCAUCUUGUGUGUUUUUGUCCUCUUUGUUUCUUUGCUUUCCUCCAGAACACCUGCUGUAUGUUUGGUCUUAAUGGUGAUAAUGGUGUUUCUGAAGGAAGGCCUCCAAUGUGAACCAGCUUUGACGGCUCUGUUGCUCUCCUCUUCCUUUGUGAAAUCCUUUCUUUAGCCCCAGGGAUCACAGAAACCAAACUGUUAGACUCUGUGUUAAUUAAGUCGGGUUUCUGUCUUAGGAUCUUAGUAGUCGCCAUUGAACAGCAGAUACUGUGAAACGUUUCCCUUGUUUUACCAAAUAAAGAACUUG